CCCUGCGACUUCCCUUUGCUGGGCCCAACCAUCGGCUUGUUUAUUGAGGGAUUGUUGCUAAGUGAACGUGCAGAUCUGAUGUGAAAACUGCCAACUCCUGUCAUUCAUGGCAUAAAAUUCAUGUUCAUAAUUUCACAAUUAAGUCUAAGAUUGCAACCCCAUACGGUCACCGGGAUGUCGUGGAAGUUACUCGCUAGGCCCUUUUCAAUGUAUCGUAGGCAGUUUGCAAAAACUGCCACUAUCCACAGAAGAAUACCAGUUCCAAACUUUGCCGCCCGGACGUUUAACCUGUCUGAGACGAAGUCGCCCCCGGUUAUCACCACUAAUGUUGAAAGUCAGUGCCAAGAAAAAAUCUUCAAUAUCGCUGAUGGAGACUCGGGUAGCGACGAUAGAGCCACAGCAAUCAGAAACAUGAAGUACACAUUUUUAUUUUUGGGUCUAUCACUAACUGCCGUGGGUUCGUACGUAAUUCUGGUGUUGGGAAGACCGCCUGAAGAUGAAAACGGCCAAACGGUUGCUGAUGAGUAUUCAAAUUCCCCCAUCUGGCAGCAGUACGUUUUACGAGGCCUGCGGCAGAUCAAGCAGUUUGCACUCUUUAUCCAACAACCCUCCAGAGACAAGUUGUUGCCCGACCCACUCACUUAUCCUUACUAUCAGCCCCCAUACACGUUAGUUCUAGAGUUCACCGAUGUUCUGGCACACCCUGAGUGGACCUACCAAACAGGUUGGCGAUUUAAAAAGCGCCCGGGAGUAGACUACAUGUUAGAAAACUUAGCCGGACUGUAUGAAAUCGUGGUUUUCACUGCAGAGCCCGGAAUUACCAUUUUCCCGGUUAUAGAAGCAUUAGAUCAAAGGGGCCUCAUCUCAUACAAGCUGGUUCGCGACUCCACCCAUUUCAUCGAUGGCCAUCAUGUGAAGAAUCUAGAAAAAUUGAACAGAGAUUUGACCAAAGUCAUUGUAGUCGACUGGAACUCGCAAUCAGUGAAGUUCCAUGCAGAUAAUCACUUUGCCCUUGAGCGAUGGGCGGGCGGUGAUGAUGACAAUACUCUAGUAGAGCUAACUGCGUUCCUUAAAACAAUUGCCGAAACAGACAUAGAGGAUGUUAGGGAUGUUUUAAGGUUCUAUAAACAGUUCGAGAAUCCCCUAAAUACCUUCCAACAGAAGCGCAUGGAAUACAUGGAAAACCAGAAACACACACGAGAUAAGCCAAUUGGACAGCCAGGGGACUCCGUCAAACGGCUUUUAAGUGCAUUAUUAUAAAUAUUUGUGAUCAAUGUGUAGCAAUCCCAAUAUAUUAUGAAUAAACCUUUCCAGUUCA